AUGUCAUGUCACGUACGAAGCGGUAGACUACCGAAUCGCGCUAGAUUGAUUACCUUCCGUUGCUUCGACAAGAAUUUUGGUGGAGAAAACGGUGCCCUAGGAACUGGCGCGGAUACUAUGGAGCUGCCCAAUAAGGCGUGUCUAGGGGGCAUUCGCGCAAAUGUUUUCUUUCCGACCUGCUGGGACGGAAAGAACCUUGACAGCGCCAAUCACAAGGACCAUGUGGCCUACCCAAGCAGUGGAAGCUUCGAAUCUAAUGGUCCUUGCCCAUCAACUCACCCCGUUAAGAUUCCCCAGAUCCUAUACGAGGCUGUCUGGGAGACCAGAGCCUUUAAUGACAAGUCCGAAUGGCCUACGGAUGGCUCGCAGCCUUUUGUCUUUAGCAUGGGCGACCCGACCGGGUUUGGGCAGCAUGCUGAUUACAUCUUUGGCUGGAAGGGUGCUUCCCUGCAGAAGGCUAUGGAUGCUAACUGCAAUGUCGACUGGCCACAACUCAAAUCCCAGUCUACCGCCGAUGCCAACAAGUGA